CACAUCAACCGUAAACAGUUGUGUUGCACCUUUACGAUAAUACUAAUUAAACCGCAGCGUCGUAGUUUUGUUUACCUAACGUCAUGUUUGAACAAAACGUCAGUACUUUCGUUUUCCUCGACGAGAUCGAUCCCGCAGCUCAGAGAUACAAAAUCAAAGUUCAAAUCGUUAAGUUAUGGAGGGGGUUUCAAAAGGAAACCGGUAGUGCCAUCGAGAUGGUCUUGAUUGAUGAGAAGGGUACUAGGAUGCAUGCAACGGUUGAAGAUAAGCUGAUGAACAAAUUCAAAUCUGAUCUAAAGGAAGAUCAAUCGAUCUUGGUGGACACUUUUCAGUUGGUCAAUAAUGGUUUUGAAUAUAAAACGAGUCCUCACUCAUUCAAAAUAAGUUUCUUUCGUACAACCAGCGUAACGAUCUGCGACGAUUUCCCAAACGACGUUCCUGAAAAAUAUUUUGUUGAUUUUCUGAAAAUAUUGGCCGGUGUGUUAGAUUCUAAAACCUUGGUUGAUGUGAUUGGUCAUAUAGUCAACAUUGGUCCACUUGAAGAUAUUAUGAUCAGAGGAAGGAGUACUACUAAACUCGAUGUUGAGCUCCGUGAUACCAACGAUGCGAGAUUAUUAUGUACUUUCUGGGGGAAAUAUGCGGAUCAGGUUAGCACAUAUGCUGCAGAGCAUAGCGCGGACAUGAUAGUGUGUGUCGUAAGGUUUGCACAGAUCAAGGAGUUUCGAGGAAACCGGAGUAUUUCUAAUUCGUAUAAUUCCACCAGGAUUCUUCUUGAUCCACAGACCAAAGUCGCUCAUGAAUUCCGAUCCAAGUAUUAAUUUAUUUUUAUGUCAUUAUUAUAUUUAUAUACUAAUUUGUACCAAUAAUAUUGGUUUGUUUAUUAUAGAUUAUAUUUAUUAUAUAUAGAUCAAACUUCAUAGAUUUUAAUUCUGAUAUACUACUUGUCACAAUCAAUAAUUGUCCAUAACUUAUAACCUUACAUGAUUAAAUCUGGUCUUAAUUAACAUACAACCCCGCGCAGGGCGCGGGGACCUCCCCUAGUACUUAGUAAAGGCGAGAUAAACUCAGAUUUGGAUUCUUUAACAACCUUGCAUUUGCAUUGACUUACCUACAUUGAGUCUAUUAGAAGACAAAUUGGGCAGUCAUGGUAUUGUUAAAGGUUUGUUUGCUAGUGAAAAGAUAUAACUUCAUAUGAUUAGGUGUGUUUUCUUUCUUGCUGAAAGGUUAUUUAUAUAGUUCCUUGGUCAUGAUAGAAUUAGGUAUGAUCAUAUAUUCUUACGAUUUUAUUGGGCAAGCAAAAAUCUUUGAAAAUAUGACAAUUAUGUAUUAACGCAUGAUUUAGUAGUUAGUUAUGGAAUAUCCCAUUUAAUUCUCGUCAAUCAGUAUUAAUUAGUUUUUAUUUCGUUUAUUAUUAUUAUUUUGAAUUCGAUUUCCUUGACUAUACUAAAAUGGGAUAUUACCAAAAUUGUUUAUGUUAGCAUUAAUUAUUCGUUAGCGUAAUCAAGGAAAAUCUAAACUAAUUUCAUUUAAUUGUUUUGAAGGGUAUUAAAUCAUUAGAGUUGUUUUGGAAAAUUGGGUGAGAAGAUAUUUGUGAAUAUCCAAUAUAUUGAAAUAGAAUUAAAAUCUCAAAAAAGGAAGGAUCCGACUGAAAUAAUAUUUGGAUCAAAAUCACCAAAAAAGGAAGGAUCCGAUUCAAUUAUUCCGGGUCAAAAAUUAAAAAAACCCGAACCGAUUGGAAUGAGCAAAUUUGUACUUCAAAAAUGUUAAGUAGAUAAUAGCCCAUUAGCUUUCUUCAUAGAAGAUGCAAUUGUUGUUGUUUUUUUUGUUGGUCUUUUUUAAUUUUUAAAGAUAAAAUUUAAGAAUUUCAUGGAUAUUGAAAGUUGUGUCUUAUGAGUAAAAUUAAGAGAACCCAUAUCCCAAUAACAAGAUAUUCUAAUACUAGAAUUGUAAAAUCAAAGAUAACUAGAAUAACAAGAGAUUGUGGAUAGAGUCAAUGAUAACUAAACAGUUGAUUUUACUAAAAUGUAAGAAUCUGUUAACCUAUAACAGUUGAAUCUGAAAAUUAAAAAUUCAUCAACAUAAUAACUAAAUAACAUAUAACAACAUCCUCUUAGAAAACUCGUAAGUUUGAUCUUUGCAAUUAAUAAAAAAAAAGUAAGACAAAUGAAAGUAAAACGGUAACGUUU